CGGCCAUGUUGGUCUCUACCCUCGCCGUGGCCGGGGCUGGCGCCGGGAGCGCGGGGUUGGCGUAGCUGACAUCGCAAUGCUGCGGUCCCUGGUGUGGAGGAGGACAGCGCCGGCACCGGGGCUCCUCCUGCGGCUCCUCCGGGCCCGGCAGCCCAGCUCCCGCGGGGCCUCCUUGGGCCAGAGGGGGGCCGCCGGGGGCCGCGGGGAGGCGCAGUAUCUCAGAGCGGCCGCUGGGGGGCGGUCCUUGGCGCAGCCGCAGUAUGUCGGAGCGGUCUCUUGGGGGAGCCGGGACAGGCAGCUGCAGGGCCUUGGGGCGGCCGCGUGGGGGCGUCUUUUGGCCCCUGAAGAAAGCCCCUCGUCGGGCCGCUGGAGUGGAGUCCCGAACGCGGCUGGACUGGGCGUGUGGGCCUUGGCAUCUGCGCUAGUUGCCCAUUGCUACAGCAAGAGCCCCGCCAAUAAGGAAGCUGCCCUGCUGGAAGCUGCCAGGACCAACAAUGUCCAAGAAGUCAGCAGGCUCUUGUCCGAAGGUGUCAACGUGAACGCCAGGCACAAGCUGGGUUGGACAGCUCUCAUGGUGGCAGCAAUCAGCAGAAACUAUAGUGUUGUGCAAGUCCUGCUGGCUGCAGGGGCUGAUCCCAACCUAGGAGAUGAAUUCAGCAGCGUCUACAAGACCGCCAAGGAGCAGGGUGUCCAUUCCCUGGAAGUCCUGGUGACCCGAGAGGAUGACUUCAACAAUCGACUGAACAACCGGGCCAGCUUCAAGGGUUGUACAGCUUUGCAUUAUGCCGCCCUGGCUGAUGACUACCGCACUGUAAAGGAACUAGUAGACGGAGGAGCAAGCCCCCUGCAGUGUAAUGAAAUGGGUCAUACCCCAGUGGACUAUGCCCGGGAUGGGGAAGUCUUGAAGCUCCUGAAGACCUCAGAGACCAAGGAUUGUAUGAGCUCAGAGAAGAAAACAAUCAGGGUGGAACGGAUUAUUGGAGAAGGCUUCCUGGAGGAGUAUCAGGAGAAGCAACGGAAGCGCGAGGCUGAGGAACGUCGUCGUUUCCCUCUCGAGCAGCGGCUAAAGGAGCACAUCAUUGGCCAGGAGAGCGCCAUUGCCACGGUGGGAGCAGCGAUCCGGAGGAAGGAGAAUGGCUGGUACGACGAGGAACACCCACUUGUCUUCCUUUUCUUGGGAUCAUCAGGGAUAGGGAAAACGGAGCUGGCCAAACAAACAGCCAAGUACAUGCACAAGGAUGGCAAGAAGGGCUUCAUUCGGCUGGACAUGUCAGAGUUCCAGGAGAGACAUGAGGUGGCCAAGUUCAUCGGCUCCCCACCGGGCUACAUUGGCCACGAGGAAGGGGGCCAGCUGACCAAAAAGCUGAAGCAGUGCCCCAAUGCCGUGGUGCUCUUCGACGAGGUGGACAAAGCGCAUCCAGACGUCCUCACCAUCAUGCUGCAGCUGUUCGAUGAGGGCCGCCUAACAGAUGGGAAAGGGAAGACCAUUGACUGCAAGGAUGCCAUCUUCAUCAUGACAUCCAACGUGGCCAGUGAGGAGAUCGCCCAGCAUGCCUUGCAGCUACGCCAAGAAGCCCUGGAACUUAGCCGAAAUAGACUUGCUGAGAAUCUUGGGGAUGUCCAGCUAAGUGACAAGAUCACCAUCUCAAAAAACUUUAAGGAGAAUGUGAUUCGACCAAUCUUGAAGGCUCACUUCCGAAGAGAUGAGUUUUUGGGCCGGAUAAAUGAGAUUGUCUAUUUCCUUCCCUUUUGUCACUCGGAGCUUAUCCAACUGGUCAACAAGGAGCUGACCUUCUGGGCAAAGAGAGCCAAGCAGAGGCACGAUAUCACACUGCUUUGGGACCGAGAGGUGGCAGAUGUGUUGGUCGACGGUUACAAUGUUCAUUAUGGCGCCCGUUCCAUCCGACAUGAGGUGGAGCGCCGAGUUGUGAACCAGCUGGCUGCUGCGUAUGAGCAGGACCUGCUUCCGGGAGGCUGCACUCUGAGAAUCACAGUGGAAGACUCUGACAAGCAGCUCCUAAAGACACCUGAGCAUCCCUCGCCCCAGCCAGAGAAGCGACCACCCAAGCUUCGGCUGGAGAUUGUGGACAAGGAUAGCAAGAGCCGCAAGCUGGACAUCCGGGCACCCCUCCAUCCCGAGAAAGUUUCCUAUACACUCUAGCUGGGUAUGGGCCUGGCCCCGACCCCUCUCCUAAGCAAGGCUGUACCGCGCCCCAGAAAACAAUAAAGUCUGGUCGAAUGCUUCAUGGCACCCAGCCCUCCAGAGACAGGGGAAGCGGGAUGGAGAAGAUGCUGCUUCUGGAAAUCUCCUUCCUUCCCUGUCCUCUCAGUUCCAGAGUAGGGACAGUUAAUUUGUAUUCUUUCUAGACUCUGGAUUUAUUUAUUUUGAUUCUUUAUUCAUCUAGUACAUCCAUGGCCAAGUUUCAGCCUUCAUCCCUGAGCAGUGGCGCUGCUGCGAGGGUUUCAGCCAGUCUCAUCUCACACAUUGCCAUGGAGCCUCCCAAGGGAAGGCCUCAGCUGAUGUCCCAUCCUCCCCGUGGCCCUCAUCUGGGGCUCUGAGGGAUGGGAGAGUAAAUUGGAAGAUACCCCAGCUUAUGCCUGAUAGUGUUUCCCUUCCCUUUCCACUAGUACCACCAGUCUUACAGGCAAAGAGGGGCCCUGCUCCUAGCCAUUGGUUAUUGUGCACGCAACCAGUACCAGAGUCUAAACUUUCUGGGGCCCCAGGCUGGGGGAGUGACUCAUGGGGCAGCUGAAGGCCUUCUGAGUGCAAUCUUGGGCCAGUUCAGUUGGCAAGAAAACCCCCCCUAGAUGGGGGGACCAGGAAUGAAUCAGCCAAAUCAAGUCAGUCAGCUUGGCCAGUUGUCCAGACAGCUCUCCCCAUCCCCCCCCCUCUCCCCCCGGCAGAUGAGUUGAGUGGUGCUUUCCUCGGAACUGUCCCUGGUACCAGGUGAGAGAAAGGUCUGAGCCAGAGCAGGGGUCUGGUUGCAAGAGGGCCAAAAUUUACAGCUCGGGCUCCCUGCACUAGGAACGGGAGAGAGUGUGGUGGGCAGGAGAGCAUGGAGGGAGUCUGAGGAGCGUGUAAGGAAAGCGUGAGGGACCAGAGAUCGUGCUGAGUGGUGGGGAUGUGAGGAACCAGAGAGACUGGGGCUCGUGUGGCUGGCGAGGGCAGACAGAGAUUCGGGUUCUGCUCUCAUCCACAUUGGGUCUUCUUGAAAUAAAUAUGUUCCACAUGCA